AUGGAAUAUGGCAUCAUUUCUGACUUUCCAAAAUUUCCCCAAUAUGCAAAUCCUGCGAAGCGACUUGAGUCCUUCGAAAAGUGGCCAGAACAUAUACCCAUCACAAAAGAGUCGAUGGUUGAAGCCGGUCUAACCUACACUGGUGUUGGUGAUUCAGUUCGCUGCUACUACUGCGGAGGAGGACUGCGAAACUUCGAGUAUGGGGAAGUGCCGAUGGAGGAACAUGCGAAAUGGUAUCCUCGUUGUCCGCAUAUUCUGUUGCUGAAAGGACAAGCUUUCGUCGAUGCAUGCUUUCGUGGAGAGAAGCCAAGUGAGAAGCAUCGAAAUACAUCACAAGAAAACGUUGACUUCAUGAGCACAACAGCGGCGCAAGUCUGUCUCGAAUACAAUUACUCCGAAACAGAUAUCAGGAAGGCCAUUCAUAGAUAUAUGGAUCAGUUUGGUAACACCGACUUCAGAGCACGAGAUCUUUGUAAGAUACUGAUGGAAAUGGCGGACGAGUCAUCUUCGGAUGAAAAUCAAGAUACGAGCGGAGAUGAAGAUUUGUCAAAAAAUAUUGAUGAAGGUGCGACUGCUGGUGAUACCCAAGGUGAUGAUAUCAUAUCUAAGCAAGACGAAAACCGACAACUAAAAGAGAACAUGACUUGCAAGAUAUGUUUCGAUUCAGAGGCUGACAUUGUCUUUCUUCCAUGUGGACACUUAACGAGCUGUGCAAUGUGUUCACCUGCAUUACGAAAGUGUCCAAUGUGUCGUGUUUUGGUGAAAGGGCGCAUCAAAGUGUUUCGAUCUUGA